AUGGCUCAGAACUCUGCCUCCCAACUCCCCACUGGGGAAUCCAAUGCCCCCGCCCAGCAACCUCAACAGGCUGGCCAGGACGCUUUGGCCGCCCCUAAAGUGAAGACCGAAAAGGAGCUCGAGCGCGAGCGCAAGAAGGCUGAAAAGGCCAAGAAGUUUGCUGAGAAGAAGGCUAAGGCUUCCACCGCUCAGCCUGCUGCCCCCAAGGCCGAGAAGAAACCCAAGGUUGAGAAGGAGAAGACCACCGACGCAUAUGACCCCGCGACUAUCGAGGAGGGACGUCUCGACUGGUGGGAAAAGCAGGAUCUCUUCAAGCCCGAAUGGGGUCCUGAUGGCAAAGUUAAGCCCGAGGGAUCCUUCGUCAUCCCCAUUCCUCCACCCAACGUUACCGGUUCCCUACACAUGGGUCACGCCUUGACCAAUGCUCUUCAAGACACCAUGAUCCGCUGGCAGCGUAUGAAGGGUAAGACCACUUUGUGGCUACCUGGUAUGGAUCAUGCCGGUAUUUCAACACAGAGCGUUGUGGAGAAGAUGCUGUGGAAGAAAGAGCAGAAGACCCGUCAUGAUCUUGGACGUGAGGCCAUGACCAACUUGAUCUGGGACUGGAAGGAUCAAUACCACAGCAACAUCAAGAAUGCCCUGCGAAGAUUGGGUGGUUCGUUCGACUGGUCUCGUGAGGCCUUCACCAUGGAUCCUAACCUGUCCGCCGCUGUCACCGAGACCUUUGUUCGUCUUCACGAAGAAGGUAUCAUUUACCGUGCCAACCGUCUCGUCAACUGGUGUGUUGCCUUGAACACAUCACUCUCCAACCUCGAGGUUGACAACAAGGAGAUCGAGGGCCGCACUCUUCUAGAUGUGCCUGGCUACGAGAAGAAGGUUGAGUUUGGUGUUUUGACCCACUUCUGCUAUGAGAUGGAUGGCAGCAAGGAGCGUAUCGAAAUUGCUACUACCCGCCCUGAGACCAUGGUGGGAGAUACUGGUAUUGCUGUUCACCCUAAUGAUAAGCGUUACGCGCAUCUUAUUGGUAAGAACGCUCGCCACCCGUUCAUUGACCGUCUCCUGCCCAUCGUGGCCGAUGACGGUGUCGACCCUGAAUUCGGUACCGGUGCCGUGAAAAUCACACCGGCUCAUGACUUCAACGAUUUCAACCGUGGAAAGCAGCACAACCUGGAAUUUAUUUCCGUCAUGAACGACGACGGAACCUUCAAUAAGAACGCCGGUCCUUAUGCUGGUAUGAAGCGAUUCGAUGCUCGUUACCAGGUCAUCAAUGACCUUAAAGAGAAGGAUCUCUAUGUCAAGUGGGAGCAUAAUCCCAUGAAGGUGCCUCGUUGCGCUAAGUCCAACGAUGUGAUCGAGCCUAUCCUCAAGCCACAAUGGUGGAUGAAGAUGGAGAGUCUCGUUGGCCCUGCCAUCAAGGCUGUCCGGGAUGGCGAGAUUAUUAUUCGCCCCGAGAGCGCAGAGAAGAGCUAUUUCCGCUGGAUGGAAAACCUCAAUGACUGGUGUCUAUCCCGUCAGCUCUGGUGGGGUCACCAGGCCCCCGCCUACUUCGUGAAGGUUGAGGGCGAAGAGAAUUCCGACAGUGACGGUAACUUCUGGGUCACCGGGCGAACCGAGGAUGAUGCCCGUAAGAAGGCUGAGGCUAAGUUCCCUGGUAAGAAGUUUGAGCUGGUGCGCGAUCCUGAUGUUUUGGACACCUGGUUCUCGUCUGGUCUCUGGCCCUUCUCAACCCUGGGAUGGCCUAACAAAACCCACGACUUUGAGAACCUCUACCCUACCUCUGUUUUGGAGACCGGUUGGGACAUUCUCUUCUUCUGGGUCGCCCGUAUGAUUAUGCUUGGUAUCAAGUUGACUGGGAAGGUGCCCUUUAAGGAGGUGUACUGCCAUUCCCUCAUUCGAGACUCUGAAGGUCGCAAGAUGUCCAAAUCCCUCGGUAAUGUUGUCGACCCUCUGGACGUCAUGGAAGGCAUUCAGCUGCAGACUCUUCAUGACAAACUGCUGGUUGGUAACCUCGCUGAUAAGGAGGUCGCCGCUGCUACUAAGUAUCAGAAGAAGGCAUUCCCCAAGGGAAUCCCCGAGUGUGGUGCCGAUGCAUUGCGCUUCGCCCUUGUCUCCUACACUACUGGUGGUGGUGAUAUUGCUUUUGAUAUUCAGGUUAUCUUCGGAUACCGCCGUUUCUGUAACAAGAUUUACCAAGCUACUAAGUUUAUUCUUGGUAAGCUCGGAGAUGACUUUAAGCCUCAGGCCAAGGUCGCCAAGACUGGCCAUGAGUCUCUGUCUGAACGCUGGAUUCUUCACCAGUUCAACGCUGCUGCUAAGGAAGUGAACGAGUCAUUAGAGAAGCGUGAAUUCUCCAACGCCGCCAACGUCAGCUACCAGUAUUGGUAUGGCCAGCUUUGUGAUGUGUUCAUUGAGAACUCCAAGUAUCUCUUGGCUGAGGAUGCUUCGGCCGAGACCCAGGAAUCUGCCAAACAGACUCUUUACACCGCGCUUGAGGGUGCACUGGCUUUGAUUCAUCCUAUGAUGCCCUUCGUAACUGAACAUCUCUGGCAGCGUCUGCCCCGCCGACCUGAAGACAAGACAAUCUCCAUUAUGAAGGCCAAGUUCCCCGAGUACCAGGUCGAGUUUGACGAUCCCGCUGCCGCAGCUGCGUAUGAGCUUAUCCUGAACACAUCCAAGGGCAUUCGCUCCAUCUUGGCUCAAUACGAUGUCAAGACCCAGGGCGAUAUUAUUAUCAAAUCUGCCAACUCUACCAGCCAACAAACUAUCUCCGAGCAGAUGACCAGUAUCAAAUCCCUGGGUGGCAAGACUUUGGGUGAACUCACUCACGUUGGCCCUGAUGCCCCGACACCCUCUGGUUGCGUUGUGGUUCCCGUCGGUUCCGAUGCUGCUGUCUACCUUCGUGUUUCCAAGGAGGUUGCCUUGGACCAGGAAGAGAAGGCCAAAGCUGCCCUUAACAGGGCUCUUGAGACUGUGCGCAGAUCUCAGAAGGUCAUGAGUGCUCCUUUGUAUCAGGAGAAGGUCAAGGCCGAGGUUCGCGAGCAGGAGGAGAAGCGCUUGCGGGAUGCCGAGAGUGAGGCUGCUCGAUUGGAAGAGCAGAUCAAAGAGUUUGAGAAGCUUCGCUUGGAAUAA